AUGGCCGCCCAAUGCAAGAACUUCCUGCUCUUCUUGACCAGGGUAGGACUACUUCUGGGUCUGGCUAACCCUCUGGUGACCUCCGCCCUCUGCCCCUCGGCCUGCCGGUGUGAUGGGACCUUCAUCUACUGUAAUGACCGAGGCCUCACCUCUAUCCCUACCGGCAUUCCGCUGGAUGCCACUAUUCUCUUCCUCCAAAACAACAGGAUCAAGAGCGCCGGCAUCCCCGCCGAUCUGAAAAGGCUAAGCAACGUUGAGAAGAUCUAUCUGUACUGCAAUAAUCUGGAUGAGUUCCCCCAAAACCUGCCGAUAGGGGUGAAAGAGCUGCAUCUACAGGAGAAUAAUAUCCGCAUGAUUACGCAUGCGUCGCUGGGUCAGAUCCCGGUGAUUGAGGAGCUACACCUGGAUGAUAACUCCGUCUCUGCGGUUAGCAUCGAGGAAGGAGCGUUCAGGGACAGCAAUCACCUGAGACUACUCUUUCUCUCCAGGAACCAUCUGAGCACCAUCCCGUCCGGCCUUCCGCAGACCAUCGAGGAGCUGCGCUUCGACGACAACCGCAUCUCGUCGAUAUCAGAGGCGUCCCUGCAGGACCUGAUCAACCUAAAGAGACUCGUCCUGGAUGGGAACCUGCUCAACAACCGCGGCAUCGGCGAAAUGGCCUUCAUCAACCUGAUUAAUCUCACCGAGCUCUCCCUGGUGAGAAACACCCUAACGUCGCCGCCGGCUAACUUACCAGGAACCAGUUUGGAGAAACUGCAGCUCCAAGACAACCACAUAAACCGGGUACCGGCCGGGGCUUUCGCUUUCCUCAGGCAGCUGUAUCGGUUGGAUCUAUCGGGCAACAACCUGAGCAGUCUGCCUCACGGAGUGUUCGAAGACCUGGACAACCUCACGCAGCUCCUGCUCCGUAACAACCCGUGGCAGUGUACUUGCCGGAUGAAGUGGGUGAGAGACUGGUUAAGGUCGCUGCCGACAAAAGUCAACGUCCGAGGAUUUAUGUGCCAGGGACCGGACAAGGUCAAGGGCAUGGCUAUUAAGGAUUUGUCCAUGGACUUGUUUGACUGUGGAGGAUCUGACUUGGGCAGGGGACAGGGGGACCCUACCGAGACCAGCACCGUCUCUAACACCUUACUGCCCUCACAACCCCAAUGGCCCUCCUUUGUGACCAAAAGACCAGUGGUGAGAAUACCUGACAGGAAUAAGAACUACCGCAGUACUACGACGCCGUCAGGAAGAAAGAUCAUCAGGAUCAGCGUGAAGUCGAGCAGUGCAGAGACUGUGCACAUCUCCUGGAGGGUUUCUGUACCCUUGACUGCCAUGAGACUCAGCUGGUUAAAACUGGGCCACAACCCUUCGUUCGGUUCCAUCACGGAGACCAUCGUACAGGGCGAGAAGAAGGAAUACCUCCUAACAGCUCUAGAACCGGAAUCCUCGUACAGGAUAUGCAUGGUUCCCAUGGAGACCAGUAACAUUUACUUGACGGACGAGACACCAGUUUGCAUAGAGACAGAGACCAGUUCUCUGAAGGCUUACAAACCCACCACCACAUUGAACCGCGAGCAGGAAAAGGAGCCUUACAACAAUUCCAGUCUGCCUUUAGCCGCGAUCAUCGGAGGGGCCGUGGCUCUGUUGGCAAUAAUAAUGCUGGCGUUUGUGUGCUGGUACGUGCACAGGAACAGUUCACUGUUUUCCAGGAAUUGCACCUACAACAAGGGCCGUCGGAGGAAGGACGAUUACGCCGAGGCGGGGACGAAAAAGGAUACCUCGAUCUUGGAGAUACGAGAGGCCUCUUUUCAGAUGAUCCCUAUACACGCAGUGCCCGAGUCCAAAGAGGAGUUUGUGAUACAUACAAUUUUCCCUCCGAACGGAUUGAGUCUGUACAAGAGCCCGCAAAGCGAGACCACUAUUAGCAACAGAAGCUACAGAGACAGCGGAAUACCCGAUUCAGACCACUCCCAUUCAUGAUAUUGAUAACGCGGGACAUUUCGUUAUAAAUGAGUGCGUUCGUUGAUGACAUGAAACUAAAGUGGCUAAAAGACUUUGUUAUAAAACACUGGAUCUGCAAGACUGAGUGGGGAAGCAAUGUUCUUCUGUACAUUUUGCCCAUAUAAUUUAUAUUUAAGGACAUUUUAUGACAAAGAGGAGAAGAAAUGUGGUUCACAUUGCAGAUAGUAGGGCCAUCACUGAGCCGCAGGUCAGUGUAU